AUGUCUAAACCAAAGCUAUUGCUAGCUGACCUUGUAUCCGGUGUUCACCAUGUUCCCUCAAAUUACAUCCGACCCAUCUCCGAUCGUCCAAACCUCAAUGACGUUGAGAUAUCUGAUGGCUCAAUACCCCUCAUAGACCUUCAGGGCCUCCAUGGUCCCCACCGCGUUGAUGUCAUUAAACAGAUUGGCCUAGCAUGCCAGCAAGAUGGCUUCUUUCAGGUUAAAAACCAUGGAAUAUCCGAGUCUCUGGUUAAUAACAUGUUACGUAUAGCCGGAGAGUUUUUCCGGUUGCCAGAAAGUGAGAGAUUGAAGAUUUACUCGGACGAUCCCUUAAAGACAACUAGGCUGUCCACCAGCUUUAACAUCAGGACAGAGAAGGUCUCAAACUGGAGGGAUUUCUUAAGACUCCAUUGUUACCCGCUUGAGGACUUUGUAAAUGAAUGGCCCACAAGUCCUCCAUCUUUCAAGUAA